GGCUGGGCAAACGGGACAUGAAAUUUCAAGCGUGGGUGGAAGUAUUGAUUUGGAGCUGGGCUGACCUAUUCUGGAAUUGUGGGUAGAGCACUUUUGCUAUGGUAUUGAUUUACACUCUCGCUGGCGUUGUCUUGAAGCUCGGUUAGUGGUCCAGAAGCAGGCGGUAACAAUGGUUGGAAUGGAUAGGAUGGUUUCUGAAGAGGAUGGCUAUGUAGGACAGCAACAACGUAUUCCCAUGACAGCACCAGGAGUCCGUCCUGUGGUAGACCCUGAAGCUUUAGGAGAGGUGGACCCAGAAAAAUACCCACAACCGAAGGAAUCCACCCAUAAGAUUCGCGGCCGGUCUGACAUUAUGGAGUUUCUCUGUGGGUCUGUUGAUUCUGAACUGUUGACUGUCAAGACAUUUUACUUUUUCUUCUACUCGGCUUUCGGCUCGUUAUUCCCAUUAAUGGGUGUGUACUUCAAGCAGAUGGGUAUAAACCCAGGGCAGUGUGGUCUUCUUAUAGGAUCCCGGCCAUUUGUCGAAUUCCUGUCAGCGCCCUUCUGGGGCAGUCUUGCUGAUAGGUGGCAGAAGGGUAAGAUGCUCCUGUUAGCAUCUCUCUCUGCAUGGAUCAUCUUUACUCUUCCACUGGGCCUUAUCCAGCCUCCAGCCACUUCUUGUAUUCUGAAGGAAAACCACACCUACGUAUUGAAGACAGUUGCACCACCUGAGCAAGUGUACAAGCGAGAAGUUGACAGAAGCAUUCUUUUCUUGCUUGUGGAUAGUGAUCUGCAGAAACCAGGGGCAGGCAGUACUGACGCAAACACUUUUCGGUCCCGUAAUAUUCGUUCCUACCAUCAAGCAAUGACCAUAGGGCAGUCGCCGCUUGAUGUGCGGUAUGCAUCCAACUAUAAAGAAAGUGAACAUAGUAGCUGGGUGUCACCACUCUUCAGUUCGAUCGUUUAUCGCACACAGGACAUUCAGAAAGUCUUCUUCCUGCUUCUUCUUCUGGUGAUAAUAGGAGAAUUCUUCAGUGCUCCUGCUAUUACCCUGGCUGAUUCAGCUGUGAUCACACUGCUGGGUGAGGAUGCUGAUCGCUAUGGACAUCAGCGCAUGUUUGGUUCUCUAGGAUGGGGGCUUGCCAUGUUUUUUGUUGGAAUUGCUCUUGACCAUUCCACUUCAUUCCCAGAACAUCCAUGCAGCCCAGAUGCUAAAGAGAAAAACUACACUAUUUGUUUUGCCACAUUUUCUGUGUUGAUGGGUGCUGCCCUAAUAACCGCAACACAGAUCACCUUCAAAUAUGAUUUUCCUCCAGAACCAGAACCAAGUACACAGGAAAAACAGCCUCCAGAGCUCUCACACGAAGAUGCAAUGCAACAGCAAUUGGCCCAACAGCUGAACUUGCCACAGUUGGCAGACACGAACAGCAUACCUGUACCGACCAAGCCUGCUCCACCCCAACUACAGACAAAGAUGUUUGCACAGACAACACGAGAAAUUCCUGAGUGGGUCACUGUUUUGAAGCAAUUUGCCAACCUUAAGUGUGGUUCAUUCCUCUUUGUUUCUUGGUUCAUGGGAUCUGGCAUUGGUCUCAUCUUUACUUUCCUGUUUUGGCACCUUCAGGAUUAUGGAGGAUCCCCAACAUUGUUUGGUGUAGCAUCAGUUAUCAACCACAUAUCUGAAAUCUUUGCUUAUUUCUUCAGUUUUCGACUCAUAAAACAGAUUGGCCAUGUGAAGGUCUUAUGUUUGGGACUAGCAGGCAAUGUUUUACGUUUUCUCUACAUUUCAUGGUUAACAAAUCCAUGGUGGGUGCUGCCUUUUGAAUUUAUGCAAGGAAUCACCCAUGCUGCAGUAUGGGCUGCAUGCUGUUCUUAUAUUGCACACAACACACCCCAACAGUUGCGCAGCUCAGCUCAAGGUGUGUUACAAGGAAUCCAUCAUGGUCUGGGUCGAGGAUGUGGUGCUGUCAUCGGAGGAAUCUUCGUUAAUUACUUUGGAACUACAGCUACGUUCCGGGGCUAUGGCUUCAUGUGCUUGCUGGUAUUGGCAGGAUUUAUAUUCAUCAACUUUUAUCGCAAAGAAACUGGUUUUGUGUCUGAGUUACCAGCCACAGAGGAUCCUCACCAGGUAGCUGAAGAAACAGCACACUUGGCUCCACAUGGAGUUCCAAGUAAUCCCAUACCACGAGCACUAUCCAGCAGUCGUCUCCAUGAGCUAGCUGGACCAGACCAAUCAGGCUACGGUGCUACUUAUCAGACAACUGGAGGAAACCUUGAUAUUCCUGGCCAGCAAAAUGGAGGAGGCACCACAAAUCCCUUUCUUCAAAAUGGUGGGGGAAGUGGCUACAAUUACAGCUACAGGCAUGGAGAAACUAAAGAAGAAUACAUCCGACGAAACUUUCAGAUGUAUACUGAGUUGCUGGCCCAGUAUGAAGAUACGAAGGCAGCCCCGGCACUCACACGACUACACACACAGCAGCCAGGUCCUCUUCCCCAGCAUGACUCUUAUGAUUGGUAAAAUUGCACGACUCUUCAACCUACUCCCUAAAAACAUCAUGCAGCAGCAUAUAUGGUGUUACAACAAUACAGAAUUUUCUUUUGUGCUGUACAAACAGUAUGAGUACUUGCAAGCAGUUUUCAAAAUGGCUUUGGUAUCACAGUAUUGUUUAGUCUUUAUCAAUGGCAGACUAAUUUUCUUGUAAGGUAAUGUGUGAAGAAGAAAUAUAUGAGUUUGCAGGCAGUUACAAUUCUAAUACAAUGCUCAGUACUCCGAACAGAAUUAAUUGUAAUCUUGAAAUAAAACAUUCUGUUGAAUAUAUUACAGUGAAGCACUCACACUGUCUAAACAACAGUAUAAGUGCUUUAUUGUCACUACUCUGUUUUCUAUUUAUGUAUGGAGACUGUAAUUUUCUUUCAACUAAUAUCAUGAAGCACACAAAUUCUUGAAAAGCUGACAUCACUCAGCUGAUCAAGAUAUUACUGUGUUUACAAUAGACUGCCACAGGAUCCCAUCCUGAGCCACAUGAAUCCAGUCCACAUCUUCACCCAACAUUUUAAUAGUAUCCUCUUAUUGUCCGGUGUCCCAAGUGGUAUCUACAGUUCAGGUUUUCCAACCAAAACUUUGUAUGCAUUUCUCAUCUGUCAUGUGUGUGCUAAAUGCCCCACUCACGUCAUUUUCAUUAAUUUUCAACCCAGUAAAUAUAAAUUAUAAUUUAAAGAGAUUUUUUACUAUACUUGUUAACACAAGUGAAUGCCGCAGAUAUACAGAAAACAAUUUUUGUUCAUAAUGAGAGAGAAAAUAAAUGAAAAAUGUGUGUGUGUGUGUAAAUGUGAUGUGUGCUUUGUGCAUCUGAACAUCCUUUCUUGUAAGCACUUUGUGUCUUCCCUUUAUUAGAUUACAAUAUGUAAGCAUGCAAUCUUUUUUAAAAAUGAAACAUCAUUAACUAUUUGUGCACUAAUAACAAGACUGGCUCAUUGACACGGCAAAAUAUUAAUGAGCCGCCCCACGAAUCUGGUUCGUUGGCCAUUAGUAAGAAAUCUCACUGUUUUAACCACUUAAAUAAAUAGGGAUCCAACGUCAAGUAAAACAGGGGAUGAAAUUCACCUCUCUCCUUUUACUGGGUAACACACUGUUGGUGCAUUGUCUGCAGCAAAAGGGCAUAUGUAUUAUAUUACAUGUACAAUCCUUCUACUUGCUUGGAACAACUAAGAAAAACUACAAACUACAUUCAAAUAUCAAACUCUGAAGAUCUAAGACUCCCAAACAACAAAUAAAUAUCUAUAAAUUGUAUGUUAGAUUUAGAUACUGCAGUCUCUUAUGAAUUUCUGAAUCCUAAAUUAAAUAUGUUGAUCAAGAAAUGUGAAAGUGUCAGACAUAAGGUAACUUAGUUAUAUACUCUAUUAACUAUAACGCAGUAAUUCUUCAUGGCUAGAAUACUGAAUUCUUUGAAUUUAGCAAUUCUGUUUGCAAGAAGUAACAUUAAUAAAGUAAACAGAUGGCAUUACAUAUUACUAUAGGUAUUAAGCUGAGUAGAAUAUUUAAUUAAAAAUGAAGAACCUUCAGUACACAAAUAAUUUAAAGAAUGCACUAGUGACAGAAACUUUUUAUAUAUUAAUAUGUCAUUAAAUAUCUGCACAUAAGGAAGUUUGUGGUUUGUACGAUUCUGAGAUCUUUUGUCUUUUUUAAUUAUGUCCAUUCAUACAUUUCUGCAUAUGUGAAUUGUGAAUGGACAAUAAACAAAAGCCUUGUAAUUCCCAGCAAGUAUGAGGAGAGACAUGUUUACUUCCAAGAGAUAUCUGAUUUUUUAUGUUCAGUUUAUGUGACACAUGCUACAAUGAGAUUAUGUUAGAGAAAAGUGUUAUAUUACUUUUCAGUUGUCAUUGUUACAUUGUUGAAAAAUAUACUUAUAUUCCCAAUGUUAACUGUGAUCAGAUUGCCUCUAAACUUCACAUUAUAUUAAACUUAUAAUAAUAAAAACAUGUAAGGUAAGGAACCAAUAAAUUUGUAGAUUGAAACCAAACACUCGGUUCAAAUAUACCAUGACACUAACUUGUACAUAAUAAAUAGAUGUAUUGCAAGAUAUAAUGGAGAGUAAAGCACAUGUGAAUGAUGUAGUUGAGGCACCAUUGUAUGACAUUCAUAUGCAACUAACAUGCUGUACAUUAAGUUGUUUUCUGAAAUUCAUCAGAUGUGGAUAUGUAAAUGAUGUACAUUUCAUAAUCAUGUACAUGAAUGUAUUUACUGAAGUUGAGUCUAAAUUGUGCAUAAAAAUUAAUUAUUCAAGCACAAUUUUACUCCUUUUAUUUAAUCAAUGUUUCAAAUAAAGGAUAGUUAUUUUGCAAAUGAAGAGGAACAAUACAUUAUUCUUAAAUUCUUUCAGAUUAUCUUGGUUUACACCAACCUUUUUAGAAAUAAUUAACUAAAAUAGUUUUUUUUUAAAUAUGGCCUUUAAGUGAAUACCUAAAUUUAGUAUUUGCUAAAGAAUGUUCAUUGAAUUUAUUGGCCAAUUUUAUGUGCAGUAACUGAAAAAUGUACCAGAUACUGGUGUCCUCCGUUCAUAGUUUCAGUGAUUGGUCAUUAUUAUACAUUUAUGAGUUCCUGAAUCAAGUAGAUGGACUGAGAGCAUAUCACUUUAUUACAGUGUGAAAUUGUUAACUUAUGUACAUGAAGUUAUUUCAAUCAGGAACAGAAUAAAAUGCCACAAAGAUUCCAACAUGAGAUUCUUGUAGUUUACAGUUCAGCAUUAGACCUAAUGAAUGUCUAAUACUUCAUAAUGCAACAAAUAGAGGAUUCAGAACUUCUUUAUAUAUAUAUUGGCUUUUUAAGUGAUCAAACUAUGAGUCUAAUAUAUAAAUGCAAUAUAUGCUCACAAACAAAUUUAUUAAACUAAUAUGAUCUUUGUGCCAGAGUGCAAACUGUAAUGCUAAUUCAACACAUAACUGUGGUUCUAACUGAAAUACAUGACUAGCACUCUCUAUGACUUA